AUGUUUAAGUGUCCGUUCCUGGAGGACCACCCCGACCUGUUUGUCGUUGCGCUGCUGCUCCUGGCCCUGUCCUACACCGCCCUCUACCUUCUCUUCUGUGCUCUGCUCAACCUCUUGGGCAAGCUGCACAGUCGAGGCACAGUCUGGGUUGGCCCCGCCAGUCAGGGUUGGAAGCCCACCUCUCAAAUGAUGGAAACUGUUUGGGUUGCAGCUUACUACAAGUUGAAAGAAAAGAAGAGAAUAGUCGAACUUUCCGUGCUAAUCUAUGGGUGUUUUCAGGCCAAGAUCCAGAAGCACCAAGCGUUUGAAGCGGAGGUAGCGGCGCACGCCAAUGCCAUCCAGGUCCUGGACGAGAUGGGCACCGAGAUGAUCAACCAGGAGCACUUUGCGUCCGAAAUCAUCCGGGAACGCUUGGAGGAGCUUCACCGACUGUGGGCCUUGCUGCUGUCCAAACUGGCGGACAAAGGGACCAAACUCCAGCAGGCCCUGAAGCUGGUACAGUUCAUGAGGGAGUGCCGAGAGGUCAUGUUCUGGAUCAACGACAAGGAUGCUUUUGUAACAUCGGAGGAGUUUGGCUCUGACCUGGAGCAUGUGGAAGUUCUCCAAAAGAAAUUUGAUGAGUUUAUGAAGGACUUACAAAACCACGAGGACAAAGUGGCAGAAGUGAACAGCCUGGCCGAGCAGCUGAUUGCCGAGGAGCAUCCGGAGGAGGCAACCAUCCGGCAGAAACAGCAGGUCAGACGAGCAGACGUGCAGAUGCACAUCUCUUAUGCUCUGAGAGAUAGACAUAGGGGGACACUGCACACACCACAGUGCUCUUGGGAUGCGGACGAGACAAUCUCGUGGAUCCAGGAGAAGGACGUGGUUCUGUCCACCGACGACUACGGCCGCGACCUGGCCAGUGUGCAGGCUCUGCAGAGGAAGCAUGAGGGGGUGGAGAGAGACUUGGCCGCCCUGGAAGAGAAAGGUGAGAUCGACGCCCGUGAGGACAGCUUUCAGUCCACCUCCAAGGCCGGCACUCGCCUGGUAGAGUCCAACCACUUUGCUGCCGAUGAGGUCAGAGACAAGCUCCUGGCCCGCAAGAACGCCCUUUACGAGAGGUCGGCCGAGCGACGACACAUGCUGGAACAAUCCAACGAGUUCCAGAUUUUCGAACGGGAUUGUGACGAGACCAAGGGCUGGAUCAACGAGAAACUUAAGACAGCUUCGGAUGAGAAUUAUCUGUUGGAGUGCGUGAUGGCUGUGGCACCUGAUGGUCGUGGCACCUGUGUGCUCACUUAUACAAUCUUUGUGCUGUACUCUGUGGUAGCAGUCUUUGUGCUAUACUCUAUAGCAAUCUUUGUGCUGUACUCCGUGGUAGCAAUCUUUGUGCUGUACUCUGUGGUAGCAAUCUUUGUGCUGUACUCUGUGGUAGCAAUCUUUGUGCUGUACUCUGUGGUAGCAAUCUUUGUGCUUCCAACCAAUGUUUUCAGGGAACGUAUUGAUGAGAUUGAGAGCCUGUGGGCCACGCUGCAAGCUCAGACAGAAAAGAAAGGUAAUAAACUGAAUGAAGCUGCCCACCAGCAACAGUUCAACCGCAACGUGGAGGACGUGGAAGGCUGGCUGGCAGACAUCGAGUCCUCGCUCAUCUCGGAGGACUACGGCAAGGACCUGACCAAUGUCCAGAAUCUACAGAAGAGACACGCCCUGCUGGAGGCUGACGUGAUGGCGCACCAGGACCGACUGGAUCAGCUCCAGUCCCAGGCCACGCUCUUCCAGAACGGCGACCACUUUGACAAAGACAACAUCCGCUGCAAGCAGGUGGAGGUGGUGGAGAGGUAUCAGAAACUGUCGGCCCCCAUCCACCAGAGAAAGCAGAAGUUGACAGAGGCCUUGACCUUGCAGCAGUUCCUGCGUGACAUUGAAGACGAGGAAGACUGGAUCCGGGAGAAAGAGCCAAUUGCCUCCUCCACCAACAGAGGGCGUGACCUGAUCGGCGUACAGAAUCUGAUGUCUGUGUGUCUGCCUGUGUCACCUGUGUGUCUUGUGUUGAGCGCCGAUGUGUCUUGUCUUGUGUUGAGCACCUAUGUGUCUUGUCUUGUGUUGAGCACCGAUGUGUCUUGUGUUAAACGUCGGUGUGAGGUAUUUGCGGUUUGUCCUCCCCAGCAACAGGAAGCUCCCAUCAUUGACGACAUCGGCACUGAGAAGGUGGUGGCCGUCUACGACUACACGGAGCGCUCGCCCAGGGAAGUCUCCAUGAAGAAGGGCGAUGUGCUCACUCUGCUCAAUUCUACCAAGGAGGAAUGGUGGAAGGUGGAGGUGAACGACCGCCAGGGGCUGGUGCCGGCCGCCUAUGUGAAGAAGCUGGACCCGAGCCUGUCGGCCUCGCGCAACAACCUGAUGGAUGAGUUCACUAUCUCCGUCAGACAGAACCAGAUCGAGACUCAGUAUGCCAACUUGCUGGACCUGGCGAACCAGCGUCGGGAGAACGUGCAGGAGUCGAACCGUGCCUACCAGCUGGUUCGUGAGGCGGCCGAACUGGCAGCCUGGAUCACGGAGAAGGAGAACCUGAUGGCCGGGGAGGAGGUGGGCGAUGACCUGGAGCAGGUGGAGGAGAUGCAGAAGAAGUUUGACGACUUCCAGAAGGACCUGAAAGCUAACGAGGCGCGCCUCCAGGAGCUCAACAGCAUUGCUGACCGUCUGACGGCCAUGGGACAGACCGAGGCUGCUGAAAAAAUCCGGGAACAGAUCACGCAACUGAACCAGCGUUGGGUGACCCUGCAGCAGGUGACAGCGGAGAGAGCUCAGACCUUGAGCAACUCCUUUGAGGUUCAGCGUUAUCACAGGUGAGCCCACUUGACUUGUGUGUGUGUAGACGAAGGAGAUGAGAAGCUAAAUGCCUCUAAUCUUGGGCACCUGUAUGACUUAUUUGUGUUGCAAACGGCGUAAAUCUGUGCCUAGGACUGAGCUACAUUUUUGCUGUGGUCCCAUCAGGUGCGAGAGUUGGACGACACCGCCCAGCGACUCAUGCAGACUCACCCCGACCAGGCCGAGAACAUCUACGAACACCAGACGGAGAUCAACGAGAUGUGGAACGCCCUCACCAUCAAGGCUGACGCCCGCAAAGUCAAACUCCUGGACGCCUACGACCUGCAGAGGUUCCUCAGUGACUACAGAGACCUGACCAGCUGGAUCAAUAGCAUGAUGGCGCUCGUCUCCUCCGACGAACUGGCCAGGGACGUGACGGGGGCCGAAGCUUUGCUGGAGAGACACCAGGUAACAUUUGGGGGACACACACCUGCUGAGUGGAGUGGCGUGCUUGGAUCUGACUCUGUUCCCUGGUUCACUCAGAUGUUUAGUUCGGAGAUUGUGAGUCACUACGGUAUCACCGCGCUGGCCGGGGAGGAGGAGGAGGAGUAUCUGGAAGAGCUGUAUGUGUAUUCUUCCCCCGCCAGAUGGUCCAAGCUGAAGGACGCGCUGAUCGAGAACCGCUCCAAGCUGGGCGAGGCUCAGACCCUGCAGCAGUUUUCCCGCGACGCUGACGAGAUGGAGAACUGGCUACAGGAGAAGCUGCAGAUCGCGCUGGACGAGAGCUACAAGGACCCCGCCAACAUCCAGAGCAAGCAUCAGAAACACCAGGCCUUUGAGGCUGAGCUGGCCGCCAACGCUGACCGACUGCAGGGCCUGCUAGCCACGGGGCAGAACCUGAUUGACCAGCGCCAGUGUGCGGGCUCGGAGGACGCGGUACAGAACCGACUGGAGAGUCUGCUCAGCCAAUGGGAGGAUUUGGUGGCCAAGUCUGCCGAGAAAAGCGAGAAACUGAAGGAGGCCAGCAAACAGCAGACGUAUAACGCAGGGGUCAAGGACAUUGACCUCUGGCUGGGAGAGGUGGAGCAGAUGCUGGCCUCUGAAGACUACGGCAAAGACCUGGCCUCGGUGCAGAACCUGCUGAAGAAGCACACGCUGAUGGAGGCGGACAUCGCCGCUCAUGAGGUGAGUCAUCGUGUGUCCUACGGCGACGUGUCCUACGGCGACAGUCAUUGUGUGUCGUACAGCGACGCACACACCUACUGUGUCACAAUGUUUUCAACACACACACACACCUACUGUGCCACUAUGUUUACAACACACACACACACACACCUACUGUGUCACAAUGUUUACAUCACACACACACACACACAAACACACACACACACACACCUACUAUGUCACAAUGUUUACAACAUGUACACCCCUACCGUACACCCAUACCAUACACUGAGUCGGUAAAAAAAAAGUAGACAA